UAAAUGACCAUGGAAUCUGGAGCAGAGAACCAGCAGAGUGGAGAUGCAGCCGUUACAGAGGCAGAAACCCAACAGAUGACAGUACAGGCACAACCACAGAUUGCAACGUUAGCCCAGGUAUCUAUGCCAGCAGCUCACGCAACGUCUUCUGCGCCCACGGUGACCUUAGUUCAGCUGCCCAAUGGGCAGACAGUUCAAGUGCAUGGAGUAAUUCAGGCUGCCCAGCCAUCAGUUAUUCAGUCUCCACAGGUCCAGACAGUUCAGAUCUCCACUAUAGCAGAAAGUGAAGAUUCACAGGAAUCAGUAGACAGUGUCACAGACUCACAGAAACGAAGAGAAAUUCUUUCCAGACGACCAUCCUACAGAAAAAUUUUGAAUGACUUGUCCUCAGACGCCCCAGGAGUGCCAAGGAUCGAAGAAGAAAAGUCUGAAGAGGAAACAGCAGCACCUGCCAUCGCCACUGUUACGGUGCCAACUCCCAUUUACCAAACCAGCAGUGGGCAGUACAUUGCUAUAACCCAAGGAGGAGCAAUACAGUUGUCUAACAAUGGCACAGAUGGAGUACAAGGUCUCCAGACAUUGACUAUGACCAAUGCAGCUGCAACCCAGCCUGGCACCACCAUUUUACAAUAUGCACAGACCACAGACGGACAACAGAUACUUGUACCCAGCAACCAAGUUGUUGUACAAGCUGCCUCAGGAGAUGUGCAGACCUACCAGAUUCGCACUGCCCCUACCAGCACCAUUGCACCAGGCGUAGUCAUGGCAUCCUCUCCAGCACUUCCAACCCAGCCAGCAGAAGAGGCCGCACGGAAGAGAGAAGUGCGUCUAAUGAAGAACAGAGAGGCAGCACGUGAAUGUCGCAGGAAGAAAAAGGAGUAUGUGAAAUGUCUAGAAAAUCGAGUGGCUGUGCUUGAAAACCAAAACAAGACACUGAUUGAGGAGUUGAAAGCACUUAAGGACCUUUACUGCCACAAAUCAGAUUAAUUUUGGAUUCCCAUUUUCACUUGUCCAGGUGGGAUAGAGACUGGUUCUGGCUAUGCCCAGAAAGACAAAGUAAACUUUUUAUUUUCUAAACAUUUCUUUUUUUCUAUGCGCAAAACUGCCUGAAGCAACUACAGAAUAUACUUCAUCUGUGCUUUGCAUCAAACUGUGAAUGUUCAAGUACUUGCCUCCAUUUCUCCCCCUACAAGAUUAUUUUCAUCAUCAGUCUCAGCAUGAAGAAGAAGAACAGGCUUCUUUCUCAUCUCCCCAUCCUCUUCAAGGAGUAACAGCGGUCUCUUGGGAAGUUACUGUGGGGAGGGUCCUGUAAUGAUUUGAAGAAUUUGUGCUGAGCCCUUUCCAUUGCCUUAGAGACAGAACCACCCCAGCCUCUUGGUCCAGAGAACUGUGGGCCACAUACAUGGAGCAUACAUGGUGCAAUGAAGAAGCAAUGGUUGCCAAAUUGGUUUCACAUAUUCAUUAUGAACUAUAAAAAUACAUGGCUAAGUGGCAUGCCAAAUGAAAGGCACUUCACAGUCACGUUCUUGAUGUGGAGAUAACAUACUUUUUUCAAACUAGCCCAGAAGGGGUUUUGAUUUGUAAUCUGUAUUAAACCCUCCUGGACUAGUAAAAACUUCUCCAUACCUCAGAAACAAAUGCAUUGAAAUGAGCUUCACUGGUCAGUUGUUGCUUCUCAAAGCUUAUGUGUGCAAGUGGGUUCAGCAUUCUGAAUGCACAAAAAGCAAACACCAACUUCAUAGGAUGUUGGUUGGGAAAUUAUAUUUGGAUGGGAAAGGAAUUCAGAAUAAAAAGGUACAACAGUGACAUUUCAAAAACGGUCACAUAGUAAGCAAGGGUAACACUUGAAAGCACUACCUGUUCAUAUGCAGAACAACUAAGCAGUUGAAGCAUGGCCAACUCCACGUACAUACUCCCUGAUGAUGGUAUAGUCUGUCCCCCAAGUCCUCUCAAGCAAUGAGGUUAUUUCUAUUUCCCUACCGCUAUCUUAUGUAAUGGAAAUUAUUAUACUCAAUGGAAACAUCAGCCUGGUUUGCUAGAUUCUUUUUCAAACUUUGAGGCUGCCUUCCAUACAUAAAUUAAAUUGCAGUAUGACAAGUACCAGGACAACCUCGAAUACUGAAGAGGACUUCAAACACAAAUAUUCCAACUUCCGCUUCGCAAGGGACAAUAUUAAUUAUUUGAACCUGGCCAAGCUAGCUAAAUUCUUAAUUUAUUUGGAGGAUUUUUUAAUGUAAAGGGUCAGAUUUACCGAGUAAUUUAUUCCUGUAAGUAAAAUUACUCAUGUGCCUCAGAUGUUUGCAAGAUCAAAUUUUUGUGUGCACUGAGGAAAUGAAAUCUUUCCCAAAUUUACAUUGUUAAAAAAGUAGUUCAUGUUUAAAACCAACUCUGUACUAAGCAUUAGGACUUAAAAAGAAUCAUGCUGAAAAAGAACCAAAAAAGAAUGUCAAGAAGUCGUCAAAAAGAAUGUGUCGAAAAGAAUCGUGUGCAGUUUGUUUACUGGCCAUCUGAAGCCAGACUCUUGAUAUAUUAGCUUGGGUCAUUUGAUGGAGUAAGUUUACUUCGGGCUUCUGGUCAAACUUUUAUGUAUAGAGACAUAGGAAUAAGGCUCUGGUCUGUACUAACGCCUUGCCUAGCGAAGUAUUCGCUAAUAUUUUUUUUCCCAUUCACUUUACCUGUUUUUAAGAUAAAUUUCAAACACGAGCUUCUAAAAGGUUAUACAAUCAAUGUGACGUUCUAAGAAGAACAUUUGGAAGACUCUGGGCAGUUGAGUCUCAAACAGCUAAGCAGUAUUAAAACUUCUAGUUUUCUCGUUUGAGAGGGCAUUCAGUUUCAGAGACUUUCAAAGGAGCAGGGUUAAACUUACAGCAUUAUUGUUAAAUCUAGAGUUAGCAAUAAUUUCAAAUUAUGCUUGUAUUUGAAGAAGAGAACGUAAGUAUCAAUUAUGAAAGAAUUCAUUUUCACAAGUUUUGAGGGGGUUUAUAGAUGGUCUAUUUUUAUCUGCCAUAGAGAAUUAAUUUUCAUGGUUUUAUUUAAUGAAAGUUGAAUUUAUUAGUUUAGCAAUGCAAAUAUAAAGAAGACUCUAAAUUCUCAGCAAUGCUUUUAUAAAAAUGGUCUGAUUCUUAGUCAGAGAAUACAAACACAUAGAACGGUUACCAGUUUUUCAGAACUAGCGCUGAAGUAGAAAUGUUGAUAAUACAGGAGUCAUUCUUAUAAAACAUGAAGCUCCUGAUGGCCUAAUUUACACAGUUAUAUGGGAUGGUUCCUCCAGCUUUGAGAAACAUGGAAAAGGCUGUACAUGCCUACAUUAAGGCUGUUUCUUUUGUAGAAUCACCUGUUUGCAAAAACUUGAGUUUUGCAGUGAACCUGAAUGAGGCUAGCUGUGAUCUGAGAGCUGUUCCUAGUGGGUAAUGAGCAGUGUUUAGCGUUUGCCGAUAGUCACUCAGCACAAAGCCUGGGAGCUGAAAGGACCAGGGAGCCUAAACCAGUACCCAGACAGGGUUUUUCUAAUACAGGGUUGGUGCAAAUUUGCGCGGCAGUGACAGGAGAACUGUGUUACUGGUUUGUCUGUGCAUGGUCUGCAAGUAGUCUGUAGUGUUACUAGUCUAGACCUCAUUAGCAACUAAUGUUUCACUAGGAAAAAGAACAUUAAAGUUCAUAGAGAUCUGCAAGGAUCUUCACUUGCAUUUCAGCUGCACUGAGGAUUUAGGGACUGGAAUUUAUUUAACGGAAAUUUUAAAUGACAAUAAUAAAAAAUGUAUUAGACCAAGUACAGGGCUGGCUAGGGUUACCCAUACAUGCUUUACUAUUCACACUGGGAAAUAAGGGAAAGAAUAUGACACAGGAAUCCAUUCAUAUGUUAUUUAUCAAGUAGUGAGGUUGGGGUAAUCAGCUCUAUAAACUAAGGCCAUUUGGAAAUAGGACAGAAAUUAUGCUGGCAGGGGGGAGGGAGGGUUAGUUUUAUAUCUCACAGUUGUGAGUUUUCAAGAAUUGAUAGCCUGUUUUACCUGAAGAGAGGGUUAGAAAGGGCUAGAUCCAUUAUGUUCAUAAUAAACAAGAAUUGAUUUGAAAUAUAAUUUUUGUAAUGUCAUUAUUUUGCAAAACAGCAGCACCAAUCAGGCAGUUAAGAUAUUGUCAGAGGUGCUCUUUUAAUUUAGAUAUUCUUGGAAAAUACAUAUGUAUAAUAUAUGUACAUAUAUAUAUAUACACACAGUAUAUAAUCUACAGCUCUGAGAGCUUUUAAGUCAGGAAUGCUGAGUAUUAUAGUAUAUGGAGGUCAGAAAAAAUUUUUACUUUUCUGUGUAUGUCUGGGUGUGUGUGGACGUGUGCGCGUGUGUGAAAGCUUUCCCCCGCCCCAGUAGUUCUGGGCUGCAUUAUUCUAGCGCUUAUUACUGAUUUGUUUUGUGCUGUUUCUCAGUUAUCCAUUUUCAAGAAUUUUAUUUCACCUUUCAUGGCUUUCGUGAGGUUUCUUUUUGGUUUUUAUUGAUGGAGAUUUUUGAAAUUAUGUAAAAAGUUGUUUUACAGCAACCACCACCCCGCAGAAUAGUUCACUUUUGGGCUUUUUCUCUUUGGCAGCUAUAUAUCAAAGGCAAAACAAUUGGAAAGGUUGUUAAGGUGUUAUUUUCUAAAGGAACCACUGGUAAGACUUCUGUUUUCCUCCUGGGGUCGUGGCGAUGCAUUUUUAUUUAAGCAGCGAUUUCACCAGAAUUAGGUAGUUGCCAGCACCAUUGCUUGUAUCUGAAAGCACAACUUUAGCCUGUCAUACUCAUCAGGACUAUACAGACACCUGUAGGUUCAGGCUGUUCUAUAGUUGGCUUUUGCAUUGUAGACCACUGUCUUCUCCGGUACUUGUAUGUUGAUCAGAAAAUUGGUGGGGUGUUUGGAAUCAUUAAGAGGCUCAG